UAUAUCAACGACAUUAUUAUCGCUAGUAAGAAUAUAAAGGAGUACCUCAAGUACGUUGAGACAGUUCUCGAUAUCCUCGACAAGGUAUACGUUUAUAUCUCGAUAGAAAAAUCCUUUAUAGCCUACCCGUCAGUGAGACUUCUUAGCUAUAUAGUUAAUAGCGAAGGAGUAGCUAAAACGGACGAUAGGAUCGCUAUAUUCAAGAAACUCAAGUUCCCCAACACCCUUGAGACCUUGGAAUAG